AUGGCGUGGUGUUCGGUGCCAACGUGUCAAUCUCCCGUGUCAUGCAGGAACUUGACACGGUGUCAACUGGGCGGGCUGGCUACACCUACGCGAAGGAGCUGGUCAGGAACUGGCACCACGUGGCGAGCACCUCCGUUAGGAAUUUGGGCAGCUGGGCAGGCAACCUCGGCUUGAAAUUAAGUCAUAAUGAAUUUCCGUCUGACAUUUUCAUCAACCUCCUGGGCGCCGGUGCUGUUGUAACGACAGCUCUACCUACCGGGUCGACCUCGACUCACACCCUCGAGGAACUGCUCGGCCUCGACCUUCAGAAGGAGCGUCGAGUGAUCCUUGAGAUGCGUCUUCCUCCCAUGUCUGACGAGGUCGUCUUCAGGGUAUUCAAGGUAAUGGGAAGAUGGACCAACACACACGCCUUCGUCAACGCGGCGAUGGCCUUCAGAGUGGACAAAGCCAACGCCCACACUGUGACCGAAAAGCCGCUGAUCGCCUACGGUGGAAUCAACCCAACGUUUGUGCGGGCCUCGGCUACGGAGGCGGCGCUGGAGGGCAAGAGCCUGGAAGAUGAGGGAGUCCUACAGGCGGCCAUGCAGGCUCUGGCCGACGAGCUCAAGCCUGAUAACCUGCCUCAGGAUCCCGCGCCAGAGUACAGGCUCUCUGUUGCCCAGAAUCUGCUUUAUAAAAUGGUGCUGGGUAUCGUAGGAAAUGCCGCCUCUAGCACAGUGAUCAGCGGAGGCACUGACCUGGAACGACCUGAAUCGAGCGGGCAGCAAGAGUACGACCAGAAUACCGAAACUUGGCCACUGGGUCAGCCGAUUCCCAAGCUGGAGGCCCGCAUGCAGUGUGCCGGCGAGGCCGAAUACGUGAACACAAUGGCGGCCGUGAACGAGGAACUUUUCGGAAUGUUUGUCACGUCGACGCAGGCCAACGCUCGCAUCGCCAGCAUAGACCCGUCGGCUGCCCUUGCUAUGCCCGAUGUGGUAGCGUUUGUGGGCGUGGAAGACAUUAAAGGAGUCAACAAUAUUAUGGCCUUUGCGUGGCCUUUGCCGCAGAAGCUCUUCCCCGAGGACCGAGUGUCAUACUACGGGCAGCCCAUCGGCCUUAUAGUCACCAAGAACAGGGGAGCGGCCUACGGUGCUCGCGAGGCUGUCAAAGUCACGUAUGACGACAUUCAGCCGCCUGUGUUGACCAUUGAGGACGCCCUGCAGAAGCCACCUAUUAAGGGACCUCCUUACGAACAGGGGGAUGUGCAAGCUGGAUUCGCUUCCUCGACGCACAUCUUCGAAGGGGCCAUGAGCCGAGACGGACAGUAUCACUUCCACAUGGAGUCUCAGUCGUGUCUGGUCGUGCCCACUGACAUCGGCUUGGACGUUUAUGCCUCGACCCAGUGGGCAUCGGAAACUCAGCGUGCUAUCGGCCAAGUAUUGGGCAUUCCGGAUAACACCAUCAACGUAACGGUCAAGCGGCUGGGCGGGGCUUUCGGCGCCAAGAUCGACCAGUGCAACAUAGUGACGACGGCGGCGGCGGUGGCGGCGCAGAAGGUCCGAAAGCCCGUGCGCGUGGCCCUCGACCUCGACGCCAACAUGACCGUGAUCGGCUGGAGGGAGCCCUAUUUGUGCACUUACAAGGUCGGUGUCGACGACUCCGGUGUCCUGCAGGCCAUCCAGGCGACGCUGACCUGUGACGCAGGCUACGUGGCAGUGGACACGUCUAGCCCCGCCGCUGUGUACUGCAUGACUUCGUGUUACAGCUGCCCUAACUGGGAGGUCACGCCGCAGGUCGUUCUCACUAACACGGCCUGUAAUACGUGGUGUCGCACGCCUGGUACGGUUGAGGGCGUGAUCUUCAUGGAGAAUAUCCUAGAGCACGUGGCGCAGGGCAUGGGCAUGGACCCUCUGGAGUUGAGGAAGAAGAACUUGAUGCCCGACGGAGGGACGCGCCCGCUCAACCAGGGCAUGAUUCGCUUCAGGUCACUCGUUGCAGGCAAGGAAGCGAAAUGGCUCCCCGACAGCCUCCCUGUACCAAGGAACCUCAUUUCGGACAUGCUGACCCAGAUUCUGACCUCAGCUAAUGUGGAGGAGCGGAAGCAGAUAGUUGCUAAUUAUAACCAGACCAACCUUUGGAAGAAACGCGGCCUGUCAGUGAUGCCUUUGCUGUGGCCUUAUGCAGUGGCAAUGAAAGUGCCAUUCAAUGCCAUGGUAUCUGUCAACGCCCGGGAUGGCACUGUGGCUGUCUCCCACGGUGGCACUGAGCUGGGACAGGGCAUAAAUACGAAGGCUGCCCAGUGCGCUGCGUACGAGCUGGGUGUCCCCCUUGACAUGAUCGCUGUGAGGCCUCCGAACACCCACGUCAAUGCCAACUCGGAGGUCACAGGAGGUUCUCAGGGUUCGGAUGUGGCUUCCUAUAGCGUAACUCAGGCAUGCAAGAGGCUGCGCGCUCGCCUGGACGCGUUCAAGGAGGAGAACGGACUCUUCGACAAGUCCUGGCCUGAGCUCGUGCUGGCUGCGUUCAACAAGGGCGUCGAUAUUUGCGAGAGAUAUGUGAACGGAUGGGACGAAGUGAAGGCGUAUCCAGUGUUUGGCGUCGCCUGUACUGAGGUGGAGCUGGACGUCCUGACUGGGCAGUUCCUCGUCCUGCGCACCGACAUCCUGGAGGACGCCGGCAAGAGCAUGAGCCCGAUAGUCGACGUCGGGCAGGUGGAGGGGGCGUACGUGAUGGGCCAGGGGCUCUUCACCAUCGAGAAGCCCCUGUACGACCAUGACACCGGCAGGAGGCUCACCGACGGGACCUGGUAUUACACCCCGCCCGCCGCCCUCGACAUCCCCGUUGACUUCCGCGUUUCCCUGCUCCAUGACGCCCCUAAUCCUGUGGGCGUGCAGUCAUCCAAGGUGACUGGAGAACCCCCUCUGUGCUUGGCCUUCACAGUAGUCAUGGCACUGAGGCAGGCAGUGGCAAGUGCCAGAGGAGAUGCUGGUGUAACCGACUGGUUCCAGAUGGACACGCCACUGACUGUUGACAAUUUGCAACGCCUUUGUCUCGUGGAUUCUAGCCGCCUCACCAUCAAAUAAUUUCCCUAAGUCCCCAAUGAAGAAUUAACUGUGAAUUGAAUUGUAAAAGAAAAUAGUUAGAACUGCGUAUUCUUGUUGAUUUCAUGAUUUGCUGUUGGACGACGUGUGUGCAGUUUUAGAAAUAUACCUUUGUCAUGGCUUUGUAUAAUGACCUAGAUGGAUUAUUUUCUGCUGCAUUGUUAUAUUCCAGGAGUCAGAGAGAUACCUGCAUUGUGGUUAUUAUUAUUUUUUUUUUUAUCCAUAGCAUACGUUCCUCUGCAGGAUUUUGCGUGGGAUAGCGAUGCUCAUUUGUUUUUGUUAUGUAUUUUAUUAAUGCAGUUUUCAGUUCUUUGCUGUUGAUUUUUGUGUCUAGUCUGUUACUUUGUUGUUGCAUAUGAAUAUAUUUAUAUACUGGCCCUCGUGUAGGUGAAUGCAGAUGAUUUUUUGUAUUGAUUCGAAUGGACUUGGAAAAAAAACUCAUGAUGGUGAUUCGAGCAGAAGAUAUAUAAUUCCAUAUUUCCAGAUACUGUUAUCAUUUGAUCUAUUUGAAAUACGAAUUUCUUUUAGACUUGAGUAAUAAUUAUGUACCGAUCUAAUAAAGUUAUUUAUGCGACA